AGAUGUUUCAAUGAUGAAACAUAAUUGAAAAAAAAAAAUUGUUUGCAUCCGACUGAACCUCCUUUCCCAAACUUUUUCUAACCUUUUUCACUCUAUAACAUUUUUCUUAACAUGUGUCCUGACACACAGAUACCCAAUGCCGCACAGUCUACACCAACGACAGUAUCACCAGACACACUGACCGUACCAGAUGAACCCAUUCAGUUAUCACGAAGGACAACACUAUCUUCUGUCUCGGAACAGGAGUAUCCAAACUCUGUACCCAGCAGUCUUCCAAAUGCAAUCACUCCGUCAGAUUAUGAUGACAGUAUCGAACAGAUUCGCACAAAUACAUUAAGUCGACGUAGCUCUCUGUCGUCUGGAUUAGCAACGCCAGUCCCUCUUACCCACCGAACGUCUCGUAUCUCUAUAGCUUCCAAUGCUCCAUCACAAUCAAGGUGGCGCUCACAUACUCCUCGCAAUUCCAUUUUCACCAUGUCGAGUCUUCUCUCUCGACCCCCGAGCUAUAAACGAUUCGAUCCCAUUGAGAGCGACCCGCACGGUGAACAUGGUGAAGACGAAGGCCAUCAUCUAGGUGGUUGGAAAGGGCUACAGACGCAAUUCCAUGGAGUGUACUUUGCGUUUUGGUUGGUAGUGCUUGCCUUUGUAGGCGCUGUCGCUGUCAUUGUCCCAUCGUUGCCUCCAGUUGCUUUGUUGCUAUGGAUACCGCUGAUUGUGUACCUAGGGUUUGCGAUUUACUUCUUCCGCAAACGAAGACAGGAGAGAGCAGCCAUGGAAGCGGCAGCACCAGAGAGAGAAAGACGAGAAUCAAGAGUACGUGAGCUUCUCCACGCCAUGCGUCUACCCGACAGCUACUUUUUCCUCAUCGACAACCAAAAAGAACAUCGGCAUCCAGUUGUCACCCUUUUGCCACCACCACCUACCUACGUCAAUGAUAAUAACACUAAUGUACCGCAGCCAACCAUCAACGAAAUUCCCCCAAGCCCUCCUUCGUUUUACCCCAACACCACUCAAGAAGAUGAAGAUUAUGUUCGUAUCAAUCUGCAAGGGUUGAUCGACGCUGAACAUCGUGAUGAGCAAAGGCGAAAUCCAGUAUAAACACACAGAAAAAAUUGGUCCACCAGUGUGGAAGCCGACCUGCUUCUUUUUUUUUUGGGUUAUUAUAUUGCUACAAGAAACUAUUCUUUUACUCUA